AUGAUUAUGUUUCCUCUUUUUGGGAAGAUUUCUCUGGGUAUUUUGAUAUUUGUCCUGAUAGGAGACUUUCCAUCAUUAACAGCACAAACCUACUUAUCUUUAGAGGAGAUCCAAGAACCCAAGAGUGCAGUUUCUUUUCUCCUGCCUGAAGAAUCAACAGACCUUUCUCUAGCUACCAAAAAGAAACAGCCUCUGGACCUCAGAGAAACUGAAAGACAGUGGUUACUCAGAAGGCGGAGAUCUAUUCUGUUUCCUAAUGGAGUAAAAAUCUGCCCAGAUGAAAGUGUUACAGAGGCUGUGGCAAAUCAUGUGAAGUAUUUUAAAGUCCGAGUGUGUCAGGAAGCUGUCUGGGAAGCCUUCAGGACUUUUUGGGAUCGACUUCCUGGGCGUGAGGAAUAUCAUUACUGGAUGAAUUUGUGUGAGGAUGGAGUCACAAGUAUAUUUGAAAUGGGCACAAAUUUUAGUGAAUCUGUGGAACAUAGAAGCUUAAUCAUGAAGAAACUGACUUAUGCAAAGGAAACUGUAAGCAGCCCUGAACUGUCUUCUCCAGUUCCUGUUGGUGAUACUUCAACAUUGGGAGACGCUGCUCUCAGUGUUCCACAUCCAGGGGUGGACUCCUAUGAAGGUGCCUCAGAGAGCAGCUUGGAAAGGCCAGAGGAGAGUGUGACCUUUUUUUCCCCCCAGGAUAAUACCUUUCAAGCUGCGUGGCCCUCAGCAGAUGAAUCCACCACCAGCAGUAUUCCACCACUUGAUUUCAGCUCUGGUCCUCCCUCAGCCACUGGCAGGGAACUCUGGUCAGAAAGUCCUUUGGGUGAUUUAGUGUCUACACACAAAUUAGCCUUUCCCUCGAAGAUGGGCCUCAGUUCUUCCCCAGAGGUUUUAGAGGUUAGCAGCUUGACUCUUCAUUCUGUCACCCCGGCAGUGCUUCAGACUGGCUUGCCUGUGGCUUCUGAGGAAAGGACUUCUGGAUCUCACUUGGUAGAAGAUGGAUUAGCCAAUGUUGAAGAGUCAGAAGAUGUUCUUUCUAUUGAUUCAUUGCCUUCAAGUUCAUUCACUCAACCUGUGCCAAAAGAAACAAUACCAUCCAUGGAAGACUCUGAUGUGUCCUUAACAUCUUCACCAUAUCUGACCUCUUCUGUACCUUUUGACUCGGACUCCUUGACCUCCAAAGUCAAAGAUCAAUUAAAAGUGAGCCCUUUCCUGCCAGAUGCAUCCAUGGAAAAAGAGUUAAUACUUGACAGUGGUUUAGGUUCAGGAUCAGGGCAAAAAGUAGAUCUGAUUACUUGGCCAUGGAGUGAGACUUCAUCAGAGAAGAGCACCGAACCGCUGUCCAAGCCAUGGCUUGAAGAUGACGAUUCACUUUUGCCAGCUGAGAUUGAAGACGAGAAGCUAGUUUUAGUUGACAAAAUGGAUUCCACAGACCAAAUUAGUAAGCACUCAAAAUAUGAACAUGAUGAUAGAUCCAUACACUUCCCAGAGGAAGAGCCUCUUAGCGGGCCUGCUGUGCCCAUCUUCACAGAUACUGCAACGGAAUCUGCAUCUCUAACCCUCCCCAAGCACAUACCAGAAGUACCUGGUGUUGAUGAUUACUCAGUUACCAAAGCACCUCUUAUACUGACAUCUGUAGCAAUCUCUGCCUCUACUGAAAUAUCAGAUCAGGCAGAUGCCAUCCUAAGGGAGGAUAUGGAACAAACUACCGAGUCAUCCAACUAUGAAUGGUUUGACAGCGAGGUUUCAAUGGUAAAGCCAGAUAUGCAACCUUUGUGGACUAUAUUGCCAGACUCAGAGAGAGUUUCGACAAGAACUUCUUCCCUAGAGAAACUGUCCAGAGACACGUUGGCAAGUACACCACAGAGUACUGACAGACUCUGGUUGAAAGCUUCUGUGACACAGUCUACCAAAUUGCCUCCAACCACAAUCUCCACCCUGCUAGAGGAGGAAGUAAUUAUGGGUGUACAGGAUAUUUCAUUAGAACUGGACCGGAUAGGCACAGAUUACUAUCAGCCCGAGCUAGUCCAAGAGCAAAAUGGCAAGGUUGGUAGUUAUGUGGAAAUGUCUACAAGUGUUCACUCCACAGAGAUGGUUAGUGUGGCUUGGCCCACAGAAGGAGGAGAUGACUUGAGUUAUACCCAGACUUCAGGAGCUUUGGUGGUUUUCUUCAGCCUCCGAGUGACUAACAUGAUGUUUUCAGAAGAUCUGUUUAAUAAGAACUCUUUGGAGUAUAAAGCCCUGGAGCAAAGAUUCUUAGAAUUGCUGGUUCCCUAUCUCCAGUCAAAUCUCACGGGAUUCCAGAACUUAGAAAUCCUUAACUUCAGAAACGGCAGCAUUGUGGUGAACAGCCGAAUGAAGUUUGCCAAUUCUGUCCCUCCUAAUGUCAACAAUGCAGUGUACAUGAUUCUGGAAGACUUUUGUACCGCUGCCUACAAUACCAUGAACUUGGCUAUUGAUAAAUACUCUCUUGAUGUGGAAUCAGGUGAUGAAGCCAACCCUUGCAAGUUUCAGGCCUGUAAUGAAUUUUCUGAGUGUCUGGUCAACCCCUGGAGUGGAGAAGCAAAGUGCAGAUGCUUCCCUGGAUACCUAAGUGUGGAAGAACGGCCCUGUCAGAGUCUCUGUGACCUACAGCCUGACUUCUGCUUGAACGAUGGAAAGUGUGACAUUAUGCCUGGGCACGGGGCCAUUUGUAGGUGCCGGGUGGGUGAGAAUUGGUGGUACCGAGGCAAGCACUGUGAGGAAUUUGUGUCUGAGCCUGUGAUCAUAGGCAUCACUAUUGCCUCUGUGGUUGGACUUCUUGUCAUCUUUUCUGCUAUCAUCUACUUCUUCAUCAGGACUCUUCAAGCACACCAUGACAGGAGCGAAAGAGAGAGGCCCUUCAGUGGCUUCAGCAGGCAGCCUGACAGCCUCUCAUCCAUUGAGAAUGCUGUGAAGUACAACCCCGUGUAUAAAAGUCACACGGCUGGAUGUGAGAAGUAUGAGGGACCCUAUCCUCAGCAUCCCUUCUGCAGCUCUGCUAGCGGAGACGUGAUUGGUGGGCUGAGCAGAGAAGAAAUCAGACAGAUGUAUGAGAGCAGUGAGCUUUCCAGAGAGGAAAUUCAAGAGAGAAUGAGAGUUUUGGAACUGUAUGCCAAUGAUCCUGAGUUUGCAGCUUUUGUGAAAGAGCAACAAGUGGAAGAGCUUUAACCAAAACUCCUGUUCUGAAACCUGGAGAAGAUGGAGAUUACUUGUCGCUUAUGUCAUAUAAUUAACCUGGAUUUUGAACACUGUUGGAAGAAGAGUUUUCUAUUAAAAAAUUAAAUGUAGGGCACACUGUUUUUUUUUUUUCAGCUUAAGUUUUCAGAAUGUAGUAAGAGAUAUUACCAUUUUUAUUUCUAUAAAGACUGAAAGCUGUGUUUAAAGAAAUUGAAAACUACAUAAACUCUGGAAAGUAUUCUGCAAGAAAAAGCUGGACUUGGGAGUUAGGGCUGCAGUUGCUGUCUGCUUCUGAAUCAUUGAGGGUGUCUCCUAAGAACUGUGCCUCGGGUUUCUCAAUAGGAAAAUAAGGUGAGACUCUUACAUGGAGAAGUCUGGCUUAGUAAGGGAAUAUUUUGGAGCAUAUUUGUUAUUGUUGGGUAGAAGGGGAAACCUUUGAAGUAGUCUUAGUGGGUAGUUUACAGUCAGGCAUUCAUCUAAAUAAAAUAUUUUCUUUCUUUUUUUUGAUCAAACUGCUAAAGAAAAAGCAAACUUUUUUGCUGCAAGAUAGAAUUAGGGUUGUAUUUUUAUGCUCCUAUCAGUGUUUUGCAUUUCCUGAGCAUAUUAAUCAAGACCACAUUAUUGUUAUGUUAACUAUGUUAAUGUCCUUUUUUUUUUUUUAGUUUUCAUGAAUAAUGCAUAUAUAUAUAUUUGAAGUUUAGAAGAUUCCCAUUAAUCCAAAGACAAAUUUAAUCACAUGGGCAGGGAGGAAGUGAGUGUCAGGUCAAGACCCCAGUGCUGAGAUUAUAUUUUGUUCCUUGAUUGCUGUACUGAGGUUCCCUGAUUGCUUCUGAGAUCUAAAGAUGUCUUGGGCAAAUCCUGUCUCUCCUCUAGUUCCUGGUAUAUUAAUUUGGAAAACAGCACUUAACUACCUCACAUAAUAUAGAUUAGCUCAUUUUCAUUGCUUCUCCUUUGUGUAAUACCUCCAGUCUAAAUUAACUCCUGCUUAUAUAAAACAGGGCAAAGCUUUUAUUACAAUUAAAAUAUUUAAAAAACUGAACAGAUAGGAAGUCCAUACCUUAUAUAAAUUUUGACAGAAAAUGGAAGUUUUCCUCUUUCCCCCUAGUGUUUUUUGGCAUGGGUUGCUUUGGAGGGGGAGAGGAGGAGGCCAAAUAAUCAUCAUCAUGUUAUUAAAUUGCAUGUGCAUUAGGUUAUUAUUAAUGCAGAUACUUUGUGCUAGAUGUUUUCAUGUUUGCCAAAACCAAUUCUGAACAUUUUGAUUUAUUUCUGACCAGAUAUAAAUAACCAGUAUAAACUGACCAUAAGAUAAAAUACUUGGUUCACUUUUUUUCCCUCAACUUGAUGACUGCCAAUUCUGCUCAUAAUGAGGACACUGGAAACUAAAUAUCCAGGCUCGGUGUAUGCCACAGUAAAGCUAGUGAAAACCUUGAAGAUGGCCAGGUAUUUUACAAAGUAUGUGUGGAUAACAAGGUGUGUGUGUGUGUGUGUGCGCGCGCAUGCAUGCCCGCGCCAAGGUGGCUCUCUUAUCCUAGUAUUUCCUUUCAUUCCCUACUCAUAUAAUGGAUCCUCUAACAGUUCAGUAUAGGUACACUUUCCACUAUUUUAUUGAAAUAUUCUAGUCUUAAUAUUGGAUAAUUAGACUCUUUCCACUGGGCCCAUUUGAAAAGUAAUUGAUAAUUAUCUUUAAGACCUUUUAAGUGUUAAUGAUAUUUGUCACUACUAAAUGCUUAGUUUUAUUUAUAAAACUUUCAAAAUUUUCUGCUUAAGAUUGCAAACUGUCUUCCUAUACUAUGUGUUAGAUGAAAAUAUAUUUUAUUACAAAUUAACCUUAGAAUGCAACUCUUUGAAUGUGUGCUUGCUGGAAGAAUUCCAGGUGGACACAAAUCCCUCUAGGGCAGGUCACCAUGUGGAACACUUAGGAGAAGCACAAACUGAGCCAAAGGAGGAUUGUUGUUUUCCACAAACUAAGCAGUGAAGUGGGAAUUUGGGAAUUCUGACACACGUCACCAUUUCUGAUUUCCUUUUGCAUGACCUUUUCAUGCAAGAGCAAAACACUUAGCUCUUCACGAAUGUCUGCUCCACACCAAUGAAAUGGAAGAGUAAAGGAACCCCUCAACUAUCAGGGAAAGAACAGGAGGCCUCAGUUGAGGAAUACAACUUUUGUCCUACCUUUGCUAUAGCUGAUCCACUGUUGAAAGGUUGAAGAACAGUUUCCCCAGCGAAGAUCUACUCAUGUACAAAGCAAAGCACUAAAGGAGCUAUUAGUUUGAUGGAAAAAACUACCCCUAAAGAGCUUCUUUCUAAAAGACCUUCCUCAAAGGUGAUUUAAUGGCAUGCCAUCAUUUAAAAGUCUUAGGCUGAACUCUCGUUUACACUGCACAAUUGAGGAAUGAAAUUUUCUGAGUACUAGAACGUUCUUGUUAACCUAGCAAUAUAAUAUUCAAUAAGACUAUCACCUUAUUUGAAAACAAUAAAAUGCAGUUAGCAGUAAAAGUGCAUGGUAAAUAACCAUUUUAAAAAUGUUAUUAUAAAAGGUUGUAAGAUACUGUGGUGGUUUACAGAUGUAGCCUUUAUAAUUGAAUUACAUACACUAUCCUUUUGUAUGGGUUGUGGAUAAAGGGGAAUUUAUUUGAUAAAUAGGGCUUCAUUUUCACCAUUGCAAUGGUUUAAGGGUAUUUGUUCACAUUUAUGUGGCCUGAAGUCCCAUUUACUUUAUUAUUAUUGUUAUUUGAGAUGGAGUCUUGCUCUCUCACCCAGGCUAGAGUGUAAUGGGGCGAUCUCAGCUCACUGCAACCUCUGCCUCCUGGGUUCAAGUGAUUCUCAUGCUUCAACUUCCUGAGUAGCUGGGGUUACAGAUGCCCACCACCAUGCCUGGCUAAUUUUUAUAUUUUUAGUAGAGAUGGGGUUUCACUAUCACCAUGUUGGCCAGCCUGGUCUCAAACUCCUGACUUCAGGUGAUCCACCUGCCUUGGCCUCCCAAAGUGCUGGGAUUACAGGAGUGAGCCACCGCGCCUGGCCCCAUUUACUUUAUAUAAUGAAACAAGUGCAGGCUUUACCUUAUUUUAUUCCCACCUUCUGUGUUUUUCUUCUGCAUUAUCUAGUCACCAUGGGUUGGCUCCUCCUCCCCACUUUCUCUUUUUUAUUCUUUUCUUUCUUUUCCACACUAAAUUGUAAUGUUGUUGAACAACUCUGACUUAACAUUACCUCUAACAAAAAGUUGGAAACUGCACAAAUAUUCUUUGUAGGCUCUAAAAGUAGGUUGGCUGAAGUAUGAUACCUGAACUAAUUAUUCAUUUGUAUGCUUGUUUUAUAAAUUUGACUUCCGUUUCAUGAUUUUUUUGGUAGCUUUAUGUUAUUUCUGUUUUCGACAAUGGUUACUUUGACAUCUUUCUGUCCCUGAAUUGAAUUUUCAUUUUGCAAGGGGAAGAGAAGACAACGUGUUUAUUCCAUAAUGAAAAAGCUAAUGAAGUAGAAUAACUAUUAAAUUGAAAUGCUUUAGCAAAAAAACAAAAACAAAAACAAACCCCAAAAGGGUAGUUUUAUUGUUUUCUAAAAUGUUUCUAACAAUUCCCCGUAGGAAUGGGUGGGGCCAGCCUUCCUCAUUUACAAUCCGGCUGUAGUGAGUCAAGAUUCUAGCUUAUUCUACUCCCAAUUGUGUAAUAAAUGCAGAAAAAUGAUGUGAUGGUCACAAUCCUCAAAUCCAUUGCACUGUAUUUCACAAAGGAUAUCCUGGUGGAAGGUGGGAAGAUGGGAUGGUACCGUGAUGUAAAGAAUUGCCUGGAAAUUCUUACUAUCCCUUUGGGAUAGUAAGACUGGUUAAAAACAUUGCCCUCAGCCCACACAGUUAUAGCUAUAGCCUAAGUUAAAUGAUUCCUCAUCCUGGUAUUUUUUCUCAUAUUUAAUUACUUCUUUAAAUAUUAAGAUUAUAUAUAGAAAAAAUAAUUGUGGUAUCAGAGAAUACAGGUAUAAUUUUUCACAUGUCAGGACUAUGUGAUGAUACAGAAGCAAUAGUGUACAUACCAUAAUGUAUGUUUAAUAUGGAGUAUGGAUAAUGAAGGACUUUUCUUUUUCACCUUGUUUAU